AUGCAAGAUCCAUCCACAUCCGCCGCCUGGGCGAUCAGCGGGAGGCCGGGCCUGGUAUGCGUGGGCGAAGAGCUGGAGGACGGCGGCGGCGAGGGCGUGAAAGACAGGGUUCUCAUGGUGUCUGAAACCAUAUCAGGAAAUCUGGCAGGACUUACAGUGCAGCUGGAGCAGGAGCAGCCAGAGCAGCCGUUGGCGCAGCUGGAGGAGCAGCAGGAGCAGGGGGCCAUGGUGAUGAUUGUUUGA